AUGGAAGAGAAACAGUUAUAUGGAGCACUUACGGUGUAUCGCGAACGAGGAGCUUAUCUUCGCCGUCUUGAGCAGUUUGAAAAGGCGAAAGCUUCUUACGAUGAGGCUUUUCAAAAUAGUCCUGAGGAUGUGCGUACGCUGACGGGGCGCAGCCAGGUUUGCGCAGAUGCUGUAAAGCCAGUGCAAGCAUACUCUGAUGCAGAACUGGCGCUUCAGCUCGAACCAAGGAACAUGAACGCGCGCAAUAUGCAGGCGCGGGCACUAUAUACCAUGUCCGAUUUCGAGCGCUCUGUUGUCAUGAACUUUCGAGGGCUCAGGGUUCGACGCCAGCCUCCAUACUUUACAGAAGGUAUAAAUCAAGGCAUAGAAACUAUUCAAGAUUGUAUCGGUGUCAACGCUGGCAGCGUGAUGUUAGAUUUCUUACCUCUCAUCAAACAACUGGAAGCGACACGGGGUAGUGAUAAUGAACCGCAAAAGGUCACACAUGUAUCUCGUAUUCCCAAACCUGAGCGAAAACGUAAACUAACGCAGAUGGAGGCCCGAAAGCAUUAUAUCUUAUCUCGUGUGCUAGCUAUGAAAUAUCUUGGUCCAAUGGCCUACGAUAAAUUUUUUCUUCAAAGUCUCACUGAAGAUCCUCGAAUCAAAUCUGCUAAUUCUGCUGGUAGUGAGGAACUCAAAUCACUCGUCAAAGAAGCCUUACGAUCUCUUAGUGAAAGACAAGAGAUGUUGCGGUCACAGAGACCAUAUUAUACUAUUAAAUUUGCUGAAAAAGCGGAAUCUAAACAUCAAAAUAAAUAUAAGGAGUUAGUGCUUAUAAGAGAGCGUGAAAUUGGAGCGCGUACUUCUGAACGUUUGUUGAAACAGCUUGAGAAGAGUAUGCGAGAAAACCGCGUUAUGGAUUUGAUAGCACAGGCCGAACGGAUGCAGUUAUUCCUCGACUCAAAAACUCCAAGAACAUUACCCGACAAAGAGCUUUAUACAGACCGCUUAUACAGGGCCGUGGGCGAAGGAUAUUUAUCACAACAUCGUUUAUCGUACACUCUCAGUGAACGCGGCAAUCGACGUCGUAUCGCUUUUCUUAUGGGCUUACCCGUGGGUCGUCCUACUUCUUUCGAUUCAGUUAUGGCUAACUAUCCUUACAAAUUCAUUGACAUAAAAGAAGCAACUGAAAAAGUACAAGCUUCUCUUGAAAUGUGCGAGAAUUCAACUAUGAAAUGUUGGCUUAUGUAUGAGUUGGCUCGAUUACUUUGUACACAAAAAAAUUAUGCACUGGCUAAAUAUUACGGCAAACGCUGUCAACGAGAAGCUCAGGAACUAGGUAGUGUCACGUGGUGGUUAAACGGCUGUUUCGUUCUGAUGAGCGGAGAUAUGCAACAAGCCAACGCUAACGAAGUGCGCGUCUUGGUGGAAGAAGCUUACGAAUACUCAAAGAAGAUGCAGGACCCAGAACGGGUGCACGCUUUCUUGUUCAAGUGUGCAGAGAUGGUGUCACAAACAGUCACGGCAGACGAACGAAAAGCUAUUAUGCAGCGCGAGAAACAAGUCGUAUCUGUUAUGAACGCAGAGCAGGCCAUCGAGACUCAGGUACUGUUCAAGAAAAUGUCGACAGUGCCACCAGGGCGACGCUUUUCUGUACUGCCGCGAAAACCGGAACCGGGCGGAGAAGCAGAGCGGCGCAAGCGCAUACAGCGUGGACUUACAGUCAUUCCUGGACCAGAACAAGUUAUACCAGCACCACCACAAUCUGGUGUUCUUGGAUUACAAUUAUUCGAUAUCUGA